AGUGGAACGGAACGAAAAAAAGGGAAGAAGCUUGUUUCGAACGGGUUCAUUUCGGUGUGGGACCGGUUGGAAACGGUCGGGCGCUAAUGUCUGCAACACCCGGUGUUUGAGUUGUGGGAUGGAGUUUCGUUGACAGACAGCAACGCUACGUGAAAUCUGUAUUUAGCGUCUCUUACUACUAACGCAGCGACAUUUAUCGGGAGCUCUCCAACAUGGCGGACAUUAUUAUCAUCAGGGUCCAGUCCCCAGAUGGGAUGAAGAAAAUUCCUUCCACCAAGAGGGAGACGGCUGCUGCUUUCAUAAAGAAGGUGGGCAAAGAGUUCGGGUUCAAUUCCAACGGGUUUUCUAUUUACCUGAACCGCAACAAGACCGGAGAGAUCCUCUCCCAGAACAAAACUCUGAGCCUGCUUAAGAUCAAGCAUGGCGACAUGCUGUAUCUGUUCCCUUCAGGAUCGCCCUCCUCCUCCUCUGGGGAGGUCAUGGACACCGCCACCCCACACUCGUCUUCAUCCCUACCGUCCGUCUCGUCUUCUUCAUCCUCUUCUUCAUUCUCUUCCUCUUCGUCCUCCAUGAUCCCCCGGUCCUUCUCAGCACCCCAGGUCCAGGAGGAUGAGAUCGAUCAGUAUCUGACCAAGCAAGACGGCAAGAUCUACAGAAACAAAGAUCCUCAGCUAUGUCACCAUGGUUCCCUUGGAAAGUGUGUGCACUGUGUACCGUUAGAGCCUUUUGACGAAGACUACCUGAAUCACCUCGACCCACCAGUGAAGCACAUGUCAUUCCACGCAUACCUUCGGAAGCUGACCGGUGGAGCUGAUAAAGGGAAGUUUGCAGCUUUGGAGAACAUCAGCUGUAAGAUCAAGUCGGGCUGUGAGGGCCACCCUCCCUGGCCGGAGGGGAUCUGCACCAAGUGCCAGCCCAGUGCCAUCACCCUGAACAGACAGAAAUACAGACAUGUGGACAACAUCAUGUUUGAGAACCACACCAUCGCCGACCGCUUCCUGGACUUCUGGAGGAAGACGGGCAGUCAGAGGAUGGGCUACCUGUACGGCCGCUACACCGAGCACAAAGACAUCCCGCUGGGCAUCAGAGCCGAGGUGGCCGCCAUCUACGAGCCGCCACAGAAUGCGACUCAGAACAGCCUGGAGCUGGUGGAGGAUCCUAAAGCUGCAGCUGUGGACGACAUCGCUGCCAAACUGGGUCUGUGCAAGGUGGGCUGGAUCUUCACUGACCUGCUGUCCGAGGACACGAGGAUAGGAACCGUCCGCUACACGAGAAACCAUGACUCGCACUACCUGAGCGCAGAGGAGUGCAUCACAGCCGGAUACUUCCAGAAUCUACACUCAAACCCUUGCAGACUCUCUAGAGACGGACACUUUGGCUCUAAAUUUGUGACGGUGGUGGCAACAGGUGGUCCGGACAACCAGGUGCACUUUGAAGGAUAUCAGGUGUCCAAUCAGUGCAUGGCGUUGGUGAGAGACGAGUGCCUUCUGCCCUGCAAAGACGCUCCGGAGCUGGGCUUCGCUAAAGAGUCCUCCUCCGAGCAGUACGUACCAGACGUCUUCUACAAGGACAAAGACAAGUUUGGAAAUGAUGUCACGUUUCUAGCUCGGCCUCUUCCUGUGGAGUACCUUAUCAUAGAUAUAACUACCACUUUUCCAAAGGACCCCCAGUACACCUUCUGCUCCACACAACGCUUCCCCAUUGAGAACCGAGAUAUCCUGGGAGAGACACAAGACUUCCACAGUUUAGCGACAUACCUGUCCCAGUGCACCGCCACGGCAUUCCUAGACAUCGUGUCGGACUUCCAUCUGCUCCUCUUCCUCGUUACCAAUGAAGUCAUGCCUCUGAGAGACAGCAUCGGGUUGCUACUAGACGCAGUGAGGACUUCUAACGAAGAUCUGGCACAGACCUGGAAGAAGUCUGAGCAGUGGGCCACCAUCGAGCAGCUGUGCAGCACCGUGGGCGGGCAGCCCUCCAGCUCUCAGGGUUACGGGGCCAUGGGCGGCCCCUCGGCCCCGGUCUCCUCCUCGGCCAUGUGGUCCUGCCUCCACUGCACCUUCAUGAACCAGCCCGGCACAGAGCUCUGUGAAAUGUGCAGCCUGCCCCGCAGUUAAAAACAAGAAAAAACCCCCCUGCUCUUUACCCCCCCGUCCCUGCUCCGCCCCGCCCUCCUCUAAACUCGCCGGUGACAUCACUGCACCAGGACCAGCUGCGAGAUUCUGACCCCCACCCCCGCCCUAUUUUUUGUUUUCUUUGGCCUCACGUUGAAGCGUCUGUCCCUGAACACCUCACAGACGUGAAGGAGGAUGCACUCGUUUACAUCAAAUUCAUCAAGUAAAUCAGAUUAAACCAGACUGUGUUUCUUUGUAUCCAUCCUCACAGCGGCGGGGACGUUAAGGUAAAACACGUUUUGGCUGAUGCACCCCCCACCCCCCCCCCACCCCCAC